UUCACCGAUUGUUGAUGACGGUGGCAGACAGCGCAGGUCAGUUAGCUGAGUGGUGUUUCUGGGAGGAGAAGUGCCUGCUAAGGUAAUAUUAUUUUCUCUGACAACCUGCUUUGAAAGGACAGAAGAACAGUAAAAUAAACGAAUGAAGCUAGGGUCGUAUGAAAAAGACUAUGAACUAUAUGAGAGCCGACGCUGGUUCAGGAACGUCUCUAAUAUUGUUUUGAGGGCCUGUUGCUAGCGACGGGAAACCCUCAGGCUACCCCGGGCCGAGAAAGCGCAGAGGACUAAGAACAGGAGCUCGACGGUACACGGAUGAAGGCUCACAGAGAAGUGUGGAUUUUGAUGCUGCCAGGACCCACAGGUGUCUCCUGUUUUGCUUGGCAUUAUUGAUCUCACACCAUCAUCCAACCAGUGCUACACCAGCAGGCCACUGGUUUUGCUUUUUUACUCUCUUGGGCUGAGUUGCUCAGGGAGGACCCCCUUCAAGACAGACCACAAUGAAUCGUUACCUGCCCGUGGCACAACAACACUUCCUGGCUGCCCUUGCCAGCACCAGUGUUGUAGUAAAAGCUAUAAGUGCUCUAGUUGUUCUACUAUACCUGCUCUCAUGGGCUGUCGACACUCCAUAUGCACUGGGGGUGACUCCGGGCUACCUUUUUCCACCCAACUUUUGGGUGUGGACUCUGGUAACCCAUGGGGUGGUGGAGCAGCACGUUUGGGGUGUGGCAGCCAAUGUGGGGACAGUAAUGGCCUGUGGGCGCCUCCUGGAGCCUUUGUGGGGUGCUCUGGAGCUCCUGAUCUUUUUUGCAGUGGUUAAUGUGUCUGCAGGCCUCUUAGCAGGCUUCUCCUACCUCCUCACCUAUGUGGCUACCUUUGACCUGGACUUCCUGUUUGCUGUGCGUAUCCAUGGAGCAGCCGGGUUCCUGGGAGGUGUCCUGGUGGCACUAAAGCAGACCAUGGGGGAUACUACAGUGCUCAGAGUGCCACAGGUGAGACUCAAAGCAGCGCCGGCUUUGGUCCUCCUCCUCCUGGCUUUAUUGCGCCUGUCUGGGUUGCUUGACAGCUCUGCUCCCCUGGCUGCAUACAGUUAUGGUACACUGUCUGGCUGGGUCUACCUGCGCUUUUACCAGAGGCACAGCCGGGGCCGUGGGGAUAUGUCAGACCACUUUGCCUUUGCAAGUUUCUUCCCAGAGGCAGUGCAGCCAGCUGUGGGACUGCUGGCGGGACUCGUCCACUCUGCCCUGGUGAAGAUGAAGGUGUGCAGGAAGAUGGUCAAGAGAUAUGAUGUGGGGGCACCCUCCUCCAUCACUAUCAGCCUACCAGGGACAGACCCACAGGAUGCAGAAAGGAGAAGACAACUGGCCCUGAAAGCUCUGAACGAGCGUCUAAAACGCGUAGAGGACCAGUCUGCUUGGCCCAGCAUGGAUGACGAGGAAGACGACGACGAGGACGAGGUCAGAACCGACACGCAGCCGCUCCUAUCAGGCGGGCGUGACGCCUCCUCCUCCUCCUCCACACCAAGAACAGCUGGGGGAGCCAUCAGUGCCUCCCUCUCCUCCACCUCCUCCUCCUCGAUGUCACAGAGCGGUGGAGCGCCAUCCUCAGGCGGAGUGCAGCACCCAGAGUCCAGCAUUAUCAGCUUUGAGGAUGCACCUUCUAGAUCAUAGCAAACAGAAUGCAAGUGUACAGAUACGCACGCUCUGUUUGACGUCACUGGCAAGUAUACUAGUGUGUUCAGAGAUCCUGACUAGUAUACAGAUGUAUUCAGUGACAGUGAUUAGGCGUAUACACACACACACAUACACACCUACAUACACUUACACAUCUUUGACCAGUGUAUACAAACAGCCGUGCACUCACGAACUCUGUCAGCAUCAUCAUGAAGCCCAAAAGACUGUACAGUGCUUUCAGUUCAGACACGAUGGUUGUAAAUGCUCAGUGUAGUUGGGCAGACUGAACACUAAAAAUUCUUCUCUUGCUCCUGCAUACAACCGAAAGUCACAAAACUUCUUUCUUUUCCAGACUUAAUCCCAGCUUGCAGAGAUCUGUUCACUGCUUCAUGUGUCUUUUUUUUUUUUUUUUUUUUUUUGCUUUCUAAAUAAAUAACGAAAUGGGUGUAUGAUAUUCUUUUUGUAAGUUUUUCGGAGCAGCCACAUUCAUUCUUUUAUUGUCUGCUGCAGGAAAACUCUGUGACAGAGGCUGGGUCUGAAUUCUUGAUUUUUGAUGAAGGACUGUAGUGAGUUGGUUUGAGAAGUGCUAAUAUAUAGCUGUAAUUCACAUUAGCUUUGUGUUCACUGGUUCCAAAUAUGGAAGCAGGUGUGUAAGAGAGGAAUUAUGAAAAGCAUGUUAACUCAGCACCAACUGCUGGACCACAGGAAAGAAGCUGCUGCAGGUCUGUCCUGCUGAUGAACUGUGAUCCUAAACUUCAAGAUUUAAAGAAGAAAAUCCAGACCAGGUUAAUUUGCCACCUGAUGUCUCUCUGGAACCACAGGCAGAAAAAUUAACCACAUACCCGUUUCUUGUUUUCUUUUUUUUUUUCUUCUUUUUUUAAGUCCCUUACUUGUCAUACAGUGGACAAAAAUGCCCCCCCCCCCCAAUGGUCUAUUUGAUCGCUAAAUGAAAUCAACAACAUAAAUACUUCUUCAUGGACUAACAGACAUGUUGAUGGUGUUACACUCACACGGAUCUGUGGAUGAUUUUCUUGUUCUGUGAGCUGAUUUUAUUUCUUUCUGAUCCUGACCUGUUUACACUUCCACAUUUGAGAAUCUGAUGUUAUUGUCAAAAUAUGUGAGCAAAAGCUGUUCUGUUACCUGAGUGCGUACGAAGAAGGGAAGAGGUUGCUGUCUGUGCUUCUGUUUUUUUUUUUUGCACCAUUAAAAAGAUUAGAGAAUA